AGGAGCUACCUGAGCUCACCCUGGGAGAGCACCCUACCACUGUGCUCCAACCGAUGCCUCCGAAUGUCAGCUGGUCCAUAAUAUGGGAGUCCUGCUUGCAGCUGCAGAAGGCCAGCCCUGCCACUCAGACCUCUCCGAUCCCUGUCUGGUGGGAACCACCUAGUCCAACCUUUGACAUCCAUUCUGCUGCUGUCCAAAGACGCCCUGGGAGCCCCAUCCAAUCUCUGCUGCAGUGGCUCGGUCCAUGCCUGCUGUCCAGGCCCUGUCAGCCCCUGUCUGGUGUGACCUGCCUGUCCAAGUCUUGUGGUUUAUGCUAGCCCCUCUGAUCUGUGUCCUGCUAGUUCCAGCCUUAGGAGACCCGGCUGACGUCCCUGUGGAAGACCCGCCUGACGUCCCCGUGGAAGACCGGCCUGACGUCCCCGUGGAAGACCCGCCUGACGUCCCCGUGGAGGACCCUCCUCACGGAGGUGUUCAGUAUCCUGUCGUAGGUGACACCUCACCCUCUGUCCUACUAGGUCCUCAGUCUAUAUCCCCUAUAGUCCCAGUAGGUCCAGAGCAUCUUAGCCCUCAGUUCCCUGUUCACCAAUAUUACACUUUAUAUACAUAAUAACAUGCCAUUUAGCAGACGCUUUUAUCCAAAGCGACUUACAGUCAUGCGUGCAUACAUUUUUGUGUAUGGGUGGUCCCGGGGAUCGAACCCACUACCUUGGCGUUACAAGUGCCGUGCUCUACCAGCUGAGCUACAGAGGACCACACAUCACAGAAGACUGAAAUAUAACAAAACCGUUUGAUACAGAAACAUUGUUUAUUAAUGAUAAAAUAAUGAAAAAUAUUAACAUUCCACCCAUGAGGCCACUAGAGGGCGAUUUGGCCAUUUGACUGCAGGAAAGGGGUGUGCUUGUGUUGUGUAGAUGUACUUACAAUACUGCACUGUUUACAUUACUAUAUUUACUAAGUUUACCAUGUCAACAAGUUCCAUAGCCUCUGUUGGUUAUUGCCAUGUGAACACACAUUUCCUGCUACAGUGUAUAGCCCAUUCUUUAAUACACAAGCCUGUUGCUACCGGCCUAAAACCAGCACCCACGUAUUUAAAUGAUCUUUCGAUUCUACAACCUAGCCAUAUUUUCAGUUCCUUUGGGCAAAACAUUAUCCAAAAGACACCUCAAAUUCAUCCAUCUAGUUUGUAGUGUCACUUUGACUGCUCUAAUUCACUAUAAGUGAAUUUGUCCAAAUACUUAUGACUUCUUCAAAUGGGGGGACUAGAUACAUGAAGUGCUUUCAUUUUUAAACGGUGGGACAGAUGUGUAUGAAAAUAUCCUCAAAUAAAAGCUGGCAUUCUGAACUGUCACUUAAUAUGAAACAUUCUCUCUCAAAUGUAAAAGGCUGGAGUGUUUAGCCAAAUAAAAACGUUUCACUUCACUGUACAAUAACAUAUGAAGGGAAGUGUAGAUCAUGUUUACAAUAUUUGUUUUCCUUCAAACCUCAGGGUUGGGCCCUGGGGAGAAUGUCUGAGACUUUAAAGUCAGGCAAUGGCUUUGACUAUCCACUGACAGGAGGGGAAGAAACUGAGGGUGACUUAUUUUACUGUUUAGAAUAUUGGCUAAUAAAGGAGAUUUGUCAAAUCAAGAUUAUUUUAAUAUGCAUUAUGCAGAGUAGUAGCAACAUACUGUAGUGGCAUUGUUUGCUUUAAAAGUGUUAAUAUUCAUUUGAUCUCCUCACAGAGGGCUUCGGCAAUGAGGAUGCUGGCAUUGUCUCUCAGGUGAGAAUGUGGAUCUUACAACUUAAUGUCCGUUUCAUUCCUCAAUAACUAAUCAUUGUUGUCAUCCAUUUGCAUAAGUGCCAUUGGGAUGGUCUUAUCUUUCUAAUUUGUAAAUAUAUUUUUCAGACAGCCUAAAUAUCCUGCAAGUCUUCCAGUUCUGGAGUUUCCAAAGUCUUUGGUAGGUCUGGUGAGAAGGAAAAGGGAUUGGAUCAUUCCUCCCAUUAACUUCCCAGAGAACGACAGAGGCCCCUUCCCCAAGGAUAUGGUGCAGGUGAGUGAUUGUAGGUUUAUGUUGGCAGGAAAUAUGGUUGGUUCAGGAUUUUGCUCUGGUUUUAACAUUGUUAAUAUUUACAUUCAGAUCAGGUCCAGCAAUGAUAAAGAGGUGAAGAUCCAGUACAGCAUCACUGGUCCUGGAGCAGAUCAACCCCCUGUGGGACUGUUCACUGUGGACAAAAACUCUGGGGUUCUCUAUGUGACCCAGCCUUUGGACAGAGAGAGACAAGACCAUUAUGUGGUAAUGUUUGUAAACAAGAUAAAUAUAUGGUAAUGUUUGUAAACAAGACAAAUAUAUGGUAAAGUCUGUUUGUGUUUUGUCUUUUGAAUUCUAGAACUUUGAAUGCAUGUGUUAUUUUGAUAAAAUUAUUAUAUAUUUUCUCCUUUAGCUUGUGGCUCAUGCUGUUGCAGUUGGUUCGGGUGCAGCAGAAGUACCCAUAGAGAUUAUUGUUAAAGUAAUUGAUAUGAAUGAUAUCAAGCCGGUAUUCACCCAAGAUGCUUUUACAGGGAUUGUCCCUGAAGCAUCCCUACCAGGUGUGUCUCAGUCAACAUUUAGUCAGAUAUCAUAAGCUGAGGUUUAGGAUAAAAGUAAUGUAUCAAUAUUCAAUAUAUUUUUUUCUUGAUGUCAUCCAUGAAAAUAAUGUAUUAUGUUGAAAUAUUUUCUUCUCAGGCUUUGAGGUCAUGAUGGUAACAGCCACCGAUGCAGAUGAGCCUGGCUCAGCCAAUUCUGAUGUCAGAUACCUGAACUGCCGAGUCCCAACAUGUUUGUGUCAUGUGAAUUUCUAUCUCUAAUUCAACCUAAGCUUGAAUCAUUACCAGAGGUUGUAAGUAUCUGGUUUUAAUCAUAAAUGAUUCAAGGUCCAUAACCACGAAGAAGGAUUUUUUGUAUUUUUAUUCAUGGAGAGCUCUGACGCCAAAAACACAAACAUACGGUUUUAUACCUCCUGAACUUGACUCCUCCCACCUUUAGGUGGCUUUUCUAAACAGUUUCCGACCUUCCCCUUCACCCUUGAAUGUUUAGUACCGCCCCCUCUGUUAGUGGGUUGACACUACAUGAUCAUUCUAACAUUUAUACUGUAUUUGGGGUGAAAUCCUUUAGUCAUUAUUCAAAUCCAAAUUAAUCUAACAAUCCACCCCUUUGACUAAAUAUUCCCACAUUCAGGAUAAAUGUAUUUUACAAGCAUGAUUAAUCUCAGAGAUCACAUCAGAACUAUUAAACAUUUCAUCCAAUUGCAGUCUUUCAGGGUCCAAAUCCUCGUCAUCCACCAAGCCUGGAGGAUCGUUUUUCACAUUCCCCUGGUCAGAGUCCGGAGUCAGUCCAUCUCUCAUCAUUGUUUAGAUACUGCAUUUCACCAACGCCUGACUCACCAAUCCUCGGACACAGGGAACAAGACAGCAACCACAUAAUACAAGAAUACCCAUACAAACACUGACCGCUCCUAAGAUGGUUACUGCUAUGGUUUUCCAUUUACCAAACAUGGUAUCAAACCAUUCUGUCCAAGAUGUACUAACUCCUGAGUUUUCAGCCCAAUCUUCACUUAGCGCAGUUAAUCCUGCAAGAGCUCUGGUGACCGUCCCCUCCGGUGCGGUGUUGUUAGGGAGAAAUGUGCAACAAUGGCCCCCACCAUUUUACAGACUCCACCCCUUUCUGCCAGCAACAUAUCCAGAGCCAACCGAUUUUCCCAAGUCAUGAGUGAGGUGGCGGAUAAUUGUUCGGAGAUCCCCUUUCAGAGACUUGUCCCAAAGCCAUUACUGUGUUGUCUUGGCUGUGUGCUUAGGGUCGUUGUCCUGUUGGAAGGUGAACCUUCUCCCCAGUCUGAGGUCCUGAACGCUCUGGAGCAGGUUUCAUCAAGGAUAUCUCUACUUUGCUCUGUUCAUCUUUCCUUCAAUCCUGACUAAUCUCCCAGUCCCUGCCACUGAAAAACAUCCCCACUGCAUGAUGCUGCCACCACCAUGCUUCACCGUAGGGAUGGUAUGAUAAAUCUGACAGGAGAGUUUGAGUGAUGAGAGUUGGACAGAGGAUCUCGCAAACUCUGCGAAGAAACACUUGGACGAACUUUAAAAAACUAAUGUUAGGCUAUUUUCUGGCAAUUGUGCUGUUAUUAUGUGCCAGUUAUUAAGACUACAACCCGUUAUAAACGGUCUAUUUGCAAGAUUUACUUGUCAUUUCAAUAGGCAUAGGGCCUAUGUUACUGACUAAAAUCUGGGUUUAUGAUUGUAAUUCAACUUUGCCAUGUUUUGCUUAGCUAGAUGCAGGUAACCUAUAGCCCCUGAUAGGCCUACAUCUAAUUUCAGAUAGCCUACAGUAGCCUAGGCAAGAUGUCAGCAAGAUAUAAACUGAACGAUUUAGCAGCUUGCUUAGUUCAAAUUGACAGACUAAUUUAUUCAACAUGAACAGAGGCGCAAUUUCGAGGUAAGAAGUUCUUGUGUUGCCCAAUAGCCUGCUGGAAUAGGCUACUGAAAAUGGGGUCGUAAUUUCAAUCACUGAUCAAAUAUUCAUAAUCUGGAUAUUAACUGAAUAUAUGCUUGUCAACAACAGCCAGUGUUUGUUUUAUUACCUGUAGCUAAAUCUGAUGACUAAAUCUAAUGCAUUCUAACAGCUGAUCGGCAAUUGCAAUAGAGCUGUGACCAUGAUCACAAUUGAUAACUUCCAAUUUAACUAACUAAACAUGGCCAUUAAUAAUUGCAUAAUAACACAAGGCUACAACAACAAUAAACUGAAGUUAUAGGCUAUUUAUUAAAUAUGUUUGCCAUCGUCAGGAAGGCUACACAAGAGGCACAAAUUGAUUUGCAAUGACUCCAGUGAUAUCGUCAUUUCAACAUAUUUAUUAUAUCAAAUGCUAGGCUACACUAGCCUACUAUGGCAUAUAAAUUAAUAGGCUACUUGAUGGCCUACAGAUGCAAAUGUAUCAUUCCACAUUUAAUGUCAGUUUCAUUGUGGACUUUUUCCCAUAACAGAAGCACGCAAGGGAGUUCCAUAACUUCCAUUUCAAAUUUCUACUCGCGCUGCGCUCGAAGACCCAAGAACUGAGCAUGCGUAAAACCCUUCGCUUGAUACAGUUUUUCAUAAGCAAAGUUGACACUAGAAUGCAGUUUAAACCACUUCUGAGCGAAUGUAUCUAAUUCACUCUAGAGUGCCUAAAGUAGUUUUCCAGUGCUUUGUUGCCGUCAUUUCUGGAUGCGCAUCAGUUCUAGAGCAUUAAUAUGUUUUAUGAAAAAAGCGUUGGAAAUACACUACAUAUACAAAAGUAUAUGGACCCCCCCUUCCAAAUUAGUGGAUUCGGCUAUUUCAGCCACACCCGUUGCUGACAGGUGUAUACAAUCGAGCACAAAGCCAUGCAAUCUCCAUACACAAACAUUGGCAGUAGAAUGGCCUUACUGAUGUGUCACAAGCUCACAUAACGGGACCCCUGAAGCGGGUAAAAACAGUCUGUCCUCGGUUGCAACACUCACUACUGAGUUCCAAACUGCCUCUGCAAGCAACGUCAGCACAAGAACUGAUCGUCAGGAGCUUCAUGAAAUGGGUUUCAAUGGCUGAGCAGCCGCACACAAGCCUAAGAUCACCUUGUGCAAUGCCAAGCGUCAGCUGGAGUGGUGUAAAGCUCGCCCCCAUUGGACUCUGGAGCAGUGGAAAUGCGUUCUCUGGAGUGAUGAAUCAUGCUUCACCAUCUGGCAGUCUGACGGAUGAAUCUGGGUUUGGCGGAUGCCAGGAGAACGCUAAUAGUGGCAACUGUAAAGGUUGGUGGAAGAGGAGUAAUGGUCUGGGGCUGUUUUUCAUGGUUCGGGCUAGGCCCCUUAGUUCCAGUGUAGGGAAAUCUUAACGCUACAGCAUACAAUGACAUUCUAGACGAUUCUGUGCUUCCAACUUUGUGGCAACAGUUUUGGGAAGGCCCUUUCCUGUUUCAGCAUGACAAUACCCCCGUGCACAAAGCAAGGUCCAUAAAGAAAAGGUUUGUCGAGAUUGUUGUGGAAGAACUUGACUCUCCUGCACAGAGCCCUGACCUCUACCCCAUCGAACACCUUUGGGAUGAAUUGUAACGCCAACUGCAAGCCAGGCCUAAUCACCCAACAUCAGUGCCCGACCUCACUAAUGCUCAAGGCUGAAUGGAAACAAGUCCCCGCAGCAAUGUUCCAACAUCUAUUGGAAAGCCUUCCCAGAAGAGUGGAGGCUGUUAUAGCAGCAAAGGGGGACCAACUCCAUAUUAAUGCCCAUGAUUUUGGAAUGAGAUGUUUGACGAGCAGGUGUCCACAUACUUUUGGUCAUGUAGUGUAUAUAUAGAGUGCAAUCGGAAACUAUUCAGACCCCUUGACUUUUUCCACGUUUUGUUACGUUACAGCCUCAUUCUAAAAUGAAUUAAAUAAUCUACACACAAUACCCAAUAAUAACAAAGUGAAAACUGAUAAAAAACAGAAACCUUAUUUACAUAAGUAUUCAGACGCUUUGCUAUGAGACUUGAAAUUGUGCUCAGGUUCAUCCUGUUUCCAUUGAUCAUCCUUGAGAUGUUUCUACAACUUGAUUGGAGUCCACCUGUGGUAAAUUCAAUUGAUUGGACAUGAUUUGGAAAGGCACACACCUGUCUAUAUAAGGUCCCACAGUUGACAGUGCAUGUCAGAGAAAAACCAAGCCAUGAGGUCGAAGGAAUUGUCCUGUAGAGCUCUGAGACAGGAUUGUGUCGAGGCACAGAUCUGGGGAAGGGUACCAAAACAUUUCUGCAGCAUUGAAGGUCCCCAAGAACACAGUGGCCUCCAUCAUUCUUAAAUGGAAGAAGUUUGGAACCACCAAGACUCUUCCUAGAGCUGGCCGCCCGGCCAAACUGAGCAAUCGGGGGAGAAGGGCCUUGGUCAGGGAGGUGACCAGAACCCGAUGGUCACUCUGACAGAGCUCCAGAGUUCCUCUGUGGCGAUGGGAGAACCUUCCAGAAGUACAACCAUCUCUGCAGCACUCCACCAAUCAGGCUUUUAUGGUAGAGUGGCCAGACGGAAGUCACUCCUCAGUAAAAGGCACAUGACAGCCCGCUUGGAGUUUGCCAAAAGGCACCUAAAGGACUCUCAGACCAUGAGAAACAAGAUUCUCUGGUCUGAUGAAACCAAGAUUGAACACUUUGGCCUGAAUGACAACCGUCACGUCUGGAGGAAACCAGGCACCGCUCAUCAUCUGGCCAAUACCAUCCCUACGGUGAAGCAUGGUGGUGGCAGCACCAUGCUGUGGGGAUGUUUUUCAGCGGCAGGGACUGGGAGACUAGUCAGGAUCGAGGGAAAGAUAAACGGAGCAAAGUACAGAGAGAUCCUUGAUGGAAACCUGCUCCAGAGCGUUCAGGACCUCAGACUGGGGAGAAGGUUCACCUUCCAACAGGACAACGACCCUAAGCACACAGCCAAGACAACACAGUAAUGGCUUUGGGACAAGUCUCUGAAUGUCCUUGAGUGGCCCAGCCAGAGCCCGGACUUGAACCCGAUCAACAUCUCUGGAGAGAUCUGAAGAUAGCUGUGCAGCGAUGCUCCCCAUCCAACCUGACAGAGCUUGAGAUGAUCUGCAGAGAAGAAUGGGAGAAAAUCCCCAAAUAUAUUUACAUUUUACAUUUUAGUCAUUUAGCAGACGCUCUUAUCCAGAGCAAUUUACAGUUAGAGUGCAUUCUUUAUUUUUUAUUUUUUUCAUACUGGCCCCCCUUUGGGAAUACAGGUGUGCCAAGCUUGUAGCGUCAUACCCAAGAAGACUCAAGGCUGUAAUCGCUGCCAAAGGUGCUUCAAUAAAGUACUGAGUAAAGGGUCUGAAUACUUAUGUAAAUGUGAUUUUUUAGUUUUUUAUUUGUUAUACAUUUGCAAAAAUUGUAUAGAUCGAUUAGGGGGGAAAAACUAUUUAAUCUAUUUUAGAAUAAGGCUGUAACGUUGCUGUCACGCCCUGACUCAGAGGACGCUUAUAUGUUGAGUCAGGGUGUGUAUAUUCCUUGUUGUGAUUUUCUAUGUUGCAUUUUCUAUGUUUAGAUCUAGUAUGUCUAGAUCUAUGUUGGCCAGUGUGGUUCCCAAUCAGAGGCAGCUGUCGCUCGUUGUCUCUGAUUGGGGACCAUACUUAGGAAGCCUAUUGGCACUCGUGGGUUGUGGGAUCUUGUUCCGUGUAAGGUUUGUUGUGUGUUAAACCUUAGGACUUCACGUUUCGUUUGUUUAUUGUUUUGUUGUGUGUUUAUUCAGUUGAAAUAAACAUGUACGCAUAUCUGUCAAGAGAAUUUCUAUCUCUAAUUCAACCUAAGCUUGAAUCAUUACCAGAGGUUGUAAGGCUCUGGUUUUAAUCAUCAAUGAUUCAAGGUCCACAACCCACAAGUAUUGUCUGUAUCUUUAUUCAUGGGGAGCUCUCGCUCCAAAAACACAUACACUCCGUUUUAUACCUCCUGAACUUGACUCCUCCCACCUUUAGGUGGCUUUUCUAAACAGUUUCCGCCUUCCCCUUCACCCUUGAAUGUUUAGUACCGCCCCCUCUGUUAGUGGGUUGACACUACAUGAUAAUUCUAACAUUUAUACUGUAUUUGGGGUGAAAUCCUUUAGUCAUUAUUCUUAAAAUACAAAUUAAUCUAACAAUCCACCCCUUUGACUAAAUAUUCCCACAUUCAGGAUAAAUGUAUUUUGCAAGCAUGAUUCAUCUCAGAGAUCACAUCAGAACUAAUAAACAUUUCAUCCAAUUGCGGUCUUUCAGGGUCCAAAUCCUCGUCAUCCACCAAGCCUGGAGGAUCGUUUUUCACAUUCCCCUGGUCAGAGUCCGGAGUCAGUCCAUCUCUCAUCAUUGUUUAGAUACUGCAUUUCACCAACGCCUGACUCACCAAUCCUCGGACACAGGGAACAAGACAACAACCACAUAAUACAAGAAUACCCAUACAAACACUGACUGCUCCUAAGAUGGUGGCUGCUAUGGUUUUCCAUUUACCAAAUAUUUCAUCAAACUACCCUAUCCACAAUGUACUAACUUCUGAGUUCAGUUCAUCCUUCACUUAGUGCAGUUAAUUCUGUAAGAGCUCUGGUGACUGUCCCAUCCAGUGUGGUGUUGUUAGGGAUAAAUGUGCAACAAUGGCUUAUCUUUCUAUAGACACCGGCCCUUUCUGCCUGAUCUAGAAUCAACCUCUAAGUUAUGAGCGGGAUGGCGGAUAAUCGCUCGGAGAUCCCCUUUACUGCAUCUCUAGUCUGGUCAAUGAAUCGUUGUUGGUUGUAAUAGAUAUAAUUUAUCCAAUCCACAUUUUUGUUUAUUGCCACCCACCAGAAAAAUGUUGUGAUAAACCCCUCCCAUAUUUGAUUCAUAGCUUUGUAUUCGUCUGGAACACCCCUGGGGAUGCCUAUACCAUCUAUCCAAAUUGGCUAUUUCCUUCCUGACCUAUAUUUCUUUUUCUCCUGAUUAUUCUUCCUGUCACUGGUCUUUGAUGACUAAUUCUUACAGGUUGGACCAACAAUACUGGUGCACAAGUACCCACCCAUCCCUCUGGUAAUGUCUGCCGAAUGCUCCCUUUGUUAGUGCAUGCCCACCACACAUCAGUCAGAGGGAUGGUUAGGCUCCUAAUUUUUUCCCUCCCUUCCUUAUCUAAAUCAGUCACAUUAAUUAUCUCCUUACAGCCAUCAAAAUCACCCAAGUUACGGGUGCCAUUUCUAUGUCUGUAACACUGGUAUUUGCCAGGAGUUAAAGUGAAUCUAGGUGGGCUGGCCGAGUAUGUCAAUUUUGCCAGCCCCAAUCCCUGUGCAAUUUGGCUCUUUUUGAUUGGACCCCAGGUCUAAUACACAGGGAAACAUUGCCUUGGCAUUGGGGCGGUCAACAUUGUCGGUCGCCCAAUGGAGCAUGCAUAACAAUUGGUCUCUCCCAAGGCCCUAGCGGUGUACUUCAUCCACUUUAACCAGAGAUUCUCAUCAGGGACCCCCUCCACUUCCCCUUGGUUCCAUUCUUGGAGGAGAAAAUCUUUCAUAGUGGACGGGUUAGUCGAAUUGACUCCGUCAUCCCUUGACUGAUUUACUCGGUCUAUUGCUGUUAGUGGAUUAAUGACAGUACCUGUGCCCCUCAUAUCUUUUGACUCCAUCAAAUGUAAUCUCAGACAAGUAUCCCGUCCGUAUUCGUCCGCGCAAGCCCAGUAAGUUCUUUUCAUGUCCUCUUUAGUGACCUUACUAUCGUUACUACCAUCUCCGUGGGGAUGUCGUUAUACCUUCUUUAUCCUCCAUCUGGACGUCCAGCCCCCCCCCCCCCCCCCCGUCUCAUAUCUCCGUCCCCCAGUAUGUCUAAAUACCUGAGCCCAGGAACAAUCCGCCGAGGGAGCUGAACAUAAAUACAAUGGGAUUUUAUAAUCCCACGUUGCUUGCUUAUCUGCCCUGAUAAGAUCCCUGAUCCUAAUUUUGAAUCUUACUCCCCACCCUUCUCUGACUCCUAUUUGUAGAUCACUCGCCCUUGACGGUCAGUAUGUCGGGUCGCUUCCCUUUUAUUUCUUAAUAAUGGUAAGGCCAUAGCGUAAUUGGUGCGAGGUGGUGGUGGAUCUUGACAUACCACGACUAUUGCCGAGACUAUGAUGCAGCUCAGGGUCACCCAUAUUCCCAAAAACCGCCAACCCUCUCCUGCCUUUAGUCCUUCUGCUUGGUACCACCCCAUACUCACACCCUAAGAACACACUACAGUGAUGAUAGGUCGGGGGUAGGAGAUCUUCGUUGACAGAGGUGAUCCCCGGACCCUAUUCGGUCUAGUUCUUCUCUUCAACUCUGCGUGUGCUAAGUGGUGCUUGUAUGUGGUUUUACCUUCUUGCAGUGGGUAACAUGGACCCAGGUUCCUCUCUCUGCUAUUCUAAUGGUAAAGGCGGUGACCAACAUAACCUGAUAGGGCCCUUCCCAACAGGCCUGCUUCCAGUUUUCCUUCUAGUGACUGGAUGCUCACCAGUCACCUGGUUAGAUAGUGGGUCACCUUCUCCUUUAGUUCACCUGUGGGGCACAAACCCUUGACAUACGGGUGUGGUUAAUAAACUAUCUUCACACAUGUUCAGAUUAAUCUAACAAUUUCUGACUGCAUUCUCUUUUUAGACUGUUUUUUUAAAAAGUAUUUUGUCCUCUCCUUCGUAUAUUAUUUAAUCCUACAAUUAGCCUCUUCCCCCCUCUUGACACAUAGUUCUGCUCAUGUGUCAAUAUUUACCACCUACCUAAACAUUCCCUUAGGUAAUAUAUCAACCAAUUGCCAUGCCUUUCAUUUUUGAGAUUGUGUUUUGCUUCUUUAUUGCUCCUCCCACUUCCUUUGUCUUUAUGGUGGCUAAAUUCGACUUUCAUUCAGUUCAGAAUCAAUUAGUAAUCCAAUCAAUCAAUCUCUUAUCUUGUAAAAACACUUAUGUUUAGUUCAACCUCUGUUCUACCCCGGCUCUCCCGGGCUUGACCUGAAGACUGAUUGUUGGACAUGACAAGUCCAUAUUUAGGUCACCUAAGUCUUCUGCCUAGCAACAAAUAAUAAAAACCUCUAUGUUCGUGAUUAACCCAGUUAUCUCUAAUAGCCCACCAAAAAAAAAACAUCAUCUUUAAAUCACGACCAAUGUCAUAUCCCUCUCUACCAUUUGGGUAACAUCCCUGAUAUAUGUAUGCCUCCCUAGAGUUUCCAAACGAUUUUACCAUGGGCCGCCAUUGCCUUCCCAUAGAUAAGAUCACUUAAUUUACCCGUAUGCAGUACAUAAUGGAGUACCCAAGCUUUACAGCAGUCUAUCCUUACCAAAAAGCUCAUCAUUCUUCAUCUAAUUUUUUAAUUGAUUUUUUCUCUAGUCCUGAUCCUAUUGCUAAAUCAAUGAUCUAGGCAAUAGUUGUCUCGCCUUAGAUUGUACAUUCCUCUGAUUACUGCAGCUUAUUCCAUUAAUUUAGGUUCAAAUAUCCCCCAACAAACCGUUCCAUCCUACAGCAUAGUAAACACCACCCAUGAACUGCUGAAAAUCCCCUAAAUUCAACAUAACAACCCUUUAUAAACAUCAUGCUGGGUGUGUUGUUUUUUUAUUUGAAAAACCCAAUUGAAAAACAACAAUCAAAGAUAGCCAGGCUCAACUUAAUUUUGUAGCUCCCUUUUAUGACCUAACUUCACUACUGCUUCCCCUUAGCAACAUUCCAAUGAGAUAAGCUAAUCUCUUUCUCCUGGUUAUACAUUUUGUUAACCUUCAAUUACCAUCAGUAAUCUAAAGAUGGUAGUACACACAACACAUGAUACAGAUAUCCCCAGUCCUAACACAUGAAUAAUGUUUGUAUCAAUCUAAUUCCUUAUAACUAAUCCAUAAAAUCACUCAACAUUCCUCGAGUAUACAAUGAUUAUUCUCACACAUAUACGACCUUAUACAAUCAUUUGCUAAACUUAUUUGCAAAGUUCUAGCAAAUCCCCCAGUCAUAUACGCUACUCCCGACUCAUCUAUCUCACACGAUGAUAAUUAUCUCCCUGUUUAUACUGUUACACUGCAUCUCGUACAAUGACAAUAUUAACUAGUUUACAUUGGUGAUGGCCAUUCACCCCAUGUCAUUUCGGACUAGUUUAUUUUUGUAAUAGCUAUUUACUUAGGGUCAUUUUCGGACCCUCCCCAGUCGUAAUAAUUAUUACCUCCUUUGAGAUUUUGGUAACUUGUCACGGUUUCGGCCGAGGCUGCCUCUCUUCCUUGUUCGGGCAGGCUUCGGCGUUCGUUGUCUCCGGAAUACUAGCUGCCACCGUUGUAUGUUUCAUGUUCGUUUGCUUUUGUCUGUUUGUUGUGACACCUGUUCUCGUUUAGUGUAAUUAGUGUCCUAUAAGUUUCUUGUUGUGUUUGUCUAGUGUUGUGUGUGAUUUAUUUAUUUCUGUCGUGUGUUGUGCUUGUAUAUUGCUUAUUCGCUCGGUUGAGCUUUACUCCACUGUGUUGGAGCGUUUUCGCACAUAUUUAGUGCGCCUUUUGUUUUGUCGCCUUCGUGCGUAGUUUCGCCUUCGGGCAAGUUUGUUUGAUUUUUCCUUGUUGGAAAUUGCACUAAAGUCUUUUGGACUAUACUUCGGUGUCCUGCGCUUGAUUCCACCACUAACACCCACCUACAGCAUUCCUGACAGAAUCACACACCUUCAAGAAUGGAAUCAGCAGGAGCCGCAGCAGCCCAGGCGACGCUGGAGGACAAGGUCCGUGAACAGAGUGACCAGAUCCUGCAGAUGGGGUCCGCACUGCAGGAGGUGGUCACCACCAUCCGAGGCUGGGGGACUCCUCCACCGCCAUCCUCUCUGCCAGCACCAUCGGCCAGUCAGCCCAUUCCCGCUCCGGAACCCAGAGGAGUUCGACUCUCGCUCCGAGGGCCUACGAGGGACCGCGGCCUGGUGUCAGGGAUUCCUUCUCCAGGGGUGGAGCUGUACCUGGCCACCGUGCACCCGGCGCCCUCGGGACAUGAGAGCGUGUCCGCCCUGAUUCUCCUGCCUUUCCGGGAAGGCAUUGGAGUGGGCCAACGCGGAGUGGAGGAGGAUCGACGCGGACACCAUCACCCUACGACGAGUUCUCCCGCCGCUUAGAGCGGUUGUUUGACCAUCCCCCGGGGGGGAAAGCGGCGGGGGAGCGUCUGGUUUCCUCCGGCAGGGGAAGAGGAGUGCCCAGGAGUUCGCCCUAGAAUUCCGUACUCUAGCGGCGGAUGCAGGGUGGAAUGAGCGGGCUCUCAUCGAUCACUACAGAUGUAGUCUAACGCGAGGACGUCCGUCGGGAGCUGGCCUGUAGGGACACCAGCCUCUCGUUCGACCAGUUGGUCGACAUGUCCCAUCAGGCUGGAUAACCUGCUAGCUACCUGCGGACGUUCCGAGGGGGGUCCGUCCAUUUCACCCUCCAGCGCCUCCGAGCCGUGCCCCAUGGAGCUCGGGGGCGCUGGCGCUAGAGAGAGGAGGGGUCGGCUUACGAGGGGGUCCAUCUCCUGCACCAACUGUGGUCGGGGAGGACACACCCGCGGCUAGGUGCUGGGGAUGGCCUCCUAGGGGAGAGGACGACAGGUCCCGCACUGGGGAUUCCUUCCAGGUGAGUAGGCCGCCCCACUCACCCAGAGCUCUCUGUUGCACAUUUCUGUAUACCUGUGCGUUUUCCACAGGUAGCACCUCAUUCCCAGCAUAAGGCGCUGGUAGAUUCAGGCGCGGCUGGGAAUUUUGUUGAUAAGAAGUUUUGUUUAGCCUUAGGGAUUCCCCUUCUCCCUGUUGAUGUCCCUUUCCCCGUUCAUGCCCUAGAUAGCCGUCCGUUGGGUGCGGGCUUGAUCAGGGAGGUCACUGCGCCACUUAGGAUGUGUGCGCAAGGGGGUCAUCAGGAGAUGAUUCAGCUAUUUCUGAUCGACUCGCCUGCGUAUCCGGUGUGGUGCUGGGCAUGCCCUGGUUGAGUACCCAAACCCAUCUAUUUCGUGGCAGGAGAGGGCUCUGAUGGAGUGGUCUGCCCAGUGUGUGUGUCGAUGUUUCCGUAGGGCUACCUCGGUGGAGAGUCCAAACCAGGUGCCCCGCAUUGCAACGUUCCCCCUGAGUAUGGGGAUUUGGCUAUUGCGUUUAGUAAGUCGAGGGCGACGCAGUUGCCGCCCCAUAGGCAGGGAGAUUGUGCGAUAGACCUCCAGGCAGGAGCUGCGCUCCCACGGAGCCAUGUGUAUCCUCUGUCUCAGGAGGAGAAGAAAGCUAUGGAGACUUACAUAGACGAAUCUCUGAGACAAGGAUACAUACGGCCUUCCACUUCCCCUGCGUCCUCGAGUUUUCUUUUUUGUGAAGAAAAAGGAUGGUGGUUUUACGCCCGUGCAUCGAUUACCGUGGUCUCAAUCAGAUCACGGUGAAGUACAGUUAUCCACUCCCGCUGAUUGCGACCAUGACUGAGUCAUUGCAUGGGGCGCGUUUCUUCACUAAAUUAGAUCUCAGGAGCGCGUACAACUUGGUGCGCAUCAGGGAGGCCGAUGAAUGGAAGACAGCCUUUAGUACCACCUCGGGCCAUUACGAGUAUCUUGUCAUGCCAUACGGGUUGAUGAACGCUCCGUCAGUUUUCCCAAUCAUUCGUGGAUGAGAUCUUCAGGGACAUGCAGGGGCAGGGGGUGGUUGUGUACAUAGAUGACAUUCUCGUGUACUCGCCUACCCGUGUCGAGCAUGUGGCCCUGGUGCGCAGAGUGUUGCGGAGGCUGGUGGAGCACGACCUGUAUGUUAAGGCAGAGAAGUGUCUGUUUUUCCAGGAGUCCGGUCUCCUUUUUGGGGGUAUCAGUUGUCUGCGUCAGGGGUGAAGAUGGAGGUAGACCGGGUGGUCAGCCGUGCGUAAUUGGCAAACACCAACCCACUGUGAAGGAGGUGCAGCAGUUUUGGGGUUUUGCGAAUUACUACCGGAGGUUUAUCCGGGGUUUGGGACAGGUGGCAGCUCCCAUCACGUCUCUUUGAAGGGGGGGUCCGGUGCGUCUGCAGUGGUCUGCCGAGGCGGACAGGGCGUUUGGGAGGCUGAAGGACCUGUUUACCUCGGCCCCGGUGCUGGCGCAUCCGGAUCCCUCUUUGCCAUUUCAGGUAGAGGUGGACGCGUCUGAGGCCGGUAUAGGAGCCGUGCUUUCACAACGGUCAGGCGCGCCACCUAAACUCCGCCCCUGUGCUUUUAUUCCAAGAAGCUCAGUCCGGCGGAGCGAAACUAUGACGUAGGGGACAGGGAGCUGUUAGCCGUGGUACAGGCCCUAAAGGUGUGGAGGCACUGGCUUGAGGGGGCUCAACACCCUUUCCUCAUUUUGACGGACCACCGUAACCUGGAGUACAUCCGGGCAGCGAGGAGGCUGAACCCUCGCCAGGCAAGAUGGAAUAUGUUUUGACCCGGUUUACAUUUAAGAUCACGUACAUCCCUGGGUCACACAACGGUAAGGCAGAUGCACUGUCUCGGCGGUAUGACACGGAGGAGAGGUCCGUGGAGCCCACUCCCAUACUGCCGGAGUCGUGUCCUGGUGGCACCGGUAGUGUGGGAGGUCGAUGCUGAGCUCGAGCGGGCGUUACGCACCGACCCUAGUCCACCGCAAUGCCCGGAGGGUCGGAAGUACGUUCCGCUCGAGGUUCGGGAUCGAUUGAUCUAUUGGGCUCACACGUCACCCUCCUCUGGACACCCUGGUAUCGGCCGGACAGUGCACUGUCUUAGUGCCAAGUACUGGUGGCCCACGUUGGCAAGGGAUGUGAGGGUUUAUGUUUCCUCCUGCUCGGUGUGCGCCCAGUGUAAGGCGCCUAGACAUCUGCCUAGGGGUAAGUUACUACCCCUGCCCGUUCCACAACGACCAUGGUCUCACCUCUCAGUGGAUUUCCUUACUGACCUUCCUCCUUCACAGGGGAAUACCACUAUACUGGUCGUUGUGGACCGGUUUUCUAAGGCCUGUCGUUUGCUUCCCAUGCCGGGCCUUCCUACCCGCCCUGCAAACUGCCGAAGCACUAUUCACCCAUGUGUUCCGGCACUACGGGUACCCGAGGAUAUUGUGUCUGAUCGAGGUCCCCAAUUUACCUCCAGGGUCUGGAGAGCCUUUAUGGAGCGGUUUGGGGGUCUCGGUGAGCCUCACCUCGGGUUACCACCCGGAGAGUAAUGGGCAGGUGGAACGCGUGAACCAGGAUGUGGGGUAGGUUUCUUAGAACAUACUGCCAGGACCGGCUGGAGGAGUGUGCAAGGUAUGUUCCCUGGGCCGAGAUGGUCCAGAAUUCCCUACGCCAUUCCUCCACUAACCUAACCCCUUUCCAAUGUGUGUUUAGGUUACCCAGCCGGUUCUGGCACCUUGGCAGCAGAGCCAGAUCGAGGCUCCUGCGGUGGAUGAGUGGGCGCGGCGCUCGGAGGAGACAUGGAACGCUGCACACGUCCACCUGCAGCGGGCCCCUCCGACGUCAUAAGGCGAGCGCCGAUCUCCACCGCAGUGAGGGACCGGUGUACGCACCUGGUGAUCGAGUCUGGCUCUCUAACCAGAAACCUGCCCCUCCGCCUGCCCUGUCGGAAACUGGGUCGGCGGUUUUGUAGGGCCAUUUAAAGUCCUGAGAAGGUUGAACGAGGUGUGUUUAACAAAUUACAACUACCUGUUGAAUAUAAAAGUAUUAACCCCUCGUUUCCAUGUGUCCCUUCUCAGGCCGGUGGUAGCUGGCCCACUCCCAAGAAAGUGAGAUCAGUGAGACUCCUCCGCCCCCAUUGGACAUCGAGGGGGCACCGGCGUACUCCGUGAGGUCCAUCUUGGAUUCGAGACGUCGGAUGGGGGGUCUCCAAUAUCUAGUGGAGUGGGAGGGGUACGGUCCGGAGGAACGGUGCUGGGUGCCGAGGAGAGACAUUUUGGACCCGUCUCUCCUGACGGAAUUCCAUCGUGGGCACCCGACGCACCCUGCUCCGCGUCCUCCUGGUCGUCCCCGAGGCCGGAGUCGGCGCACGUCUGGAGCCGCGCGUCAAGGGGGGGGUACUGUCACGGUUUCGGCCGAGGCUGCCUCUCUUCCUUGUUCGGGCAGGCUUCGGCGUUCGUUGUCUCCGGAAUACUAGCUGCCACCGUUGUAUGUUUCAUGUUCGUUUGCUUUUGUCUGUUUGUUGUGACACCUGUUCUCGUUUAGUGUAAUUAGUGUCCUAUAAGUUUCUCGUUGUGUUUGUCUAGUGUUGUGUGUGAUUGAUUUAUUUCUGUCGUGUGUUGUGCUUGUAUAUUGCUUAUUCGCUCGGUUGAGCUUUACUCCACUGUGUUGGAGCGUUUUCGCACAUAUUUAGUGCGCCUUUUGUUUUGGUCGCCUUCGUGCGUAGUUUUCGCCUUCGGGCAAGUUUGUUCGAUUUUUCCUUGUUGGAAAUUGCACUAAAGUCUUUUGGACUAUACUUCGGUGUCCUGCGCUUGAUUCCACCACUAACACCCACCUACAGCAUUCCUGACAUAACUAUUCUCUGCCUUCACAAGAAUUCCUAUUCUUAUACAAGUUCAAAUCAUUUCACCAAAAUCCAUGAAUAAAAAUUACUGACCUUUUCCCUGCAGUUUGGAUUUAAAUGCUUUUUCAAACUCAUUAACGUCUUUAUCGUUCAUAAGAGUAAUCACCGGCCUGUUUAUAACCUAAGGCCAGGACUAUCUCCACGGAUGCAAUCACCCGGCUGUGCACGGAUUCGGUGUCCUUAGAACGAUAAAGACGUAUUUAAGCUCCGCUCAAAGGACCAAUCUGUCAUGUAAAUUUCUAUCUCUAAUUCAACCUAAGCUUGAAUCAUUACCAGAGGUUGUAAGGCUCUGGUUUUAAUCAUAAAUGAUUCAAGGUCCAUAACCACGAAGAAGGAUUUUUUUUCUUUUUAUUCAUGGGAGAGCUCUGACGCCAAAAACACAAACAUACGGUUUAAUACCUCCUGAACUUGACUCCUCCCACCUUUAGGUGGCUUUUCUAAACAGUUUCCGCCUUCCCCUUCACCCUUGAAUGUUUAGUACCCGCCCCCUCUGUUAGUGGGUUGACACUACAUGAAUUCUAACAUUUUAUACUGUAUUUUGGGGUGAAAAUCCUUUAGUCAUUAUUCUUAAAAUCCAAAUUAAUCUAACAGUUUGUCAUCAACCCUGUCACAGGCUUGAUUCUGGUCAAUGCUGCUGGACUGGACAGAAAGGUUAGUGGCUAUACUACUAGCAUACAAUUUUAACUCAACCGCUACAUUUCUCAAUAUGCUCCAUCUGGUGUCAUUUUCCAGAAAAUUCCUAAAUAUACCUUGGAAAUCCAAGCUGCUGAUAUGGAGGGCAAGGGUCUGACCUCUAUCGGAAAAUCCAUAAUUACGGUGACUGACGUCAAUGACAUAGCUCCUCAAUUUGUGAUGUCUUCGGUAAGUGCACAAUCAGCAAACAGUCCUGCUCAUUAAACAGUAAAGGUGACUUAAAAAGGGAAAUAUUUUGAUUGAAGGAUCUGACUUGAGGAAAAUAUGAUGAACUUGAUAAAUGGCAUACAACACAUCUUCUCACAUGUUCUCUUCGUGUAUUUUCUUUUCAGAACACGGUGUCUGUCCCAGAGAAUAAAGUGAAUGCUCUGGUGGUCAAAAUGCCAGUGAGUGAUGGAGAUGAGCCACACUCUUCCAACUGGGCCACCAAGUACAGGAUUGUAGAUGGAGACCCAGGUGGAUUGUUCACUGUUACCACCGGGCCUAGCAGACUGGAAGGAAUAAUUACUACAGCCAAGGUACCUGCUUGGUUUUUCUGUUUCUUUUUUUCAGAUGAGUAUGUGAAUGGAACUAAGUAACAGCAAAUAUGUAUUUGACCGAGGUCUGAAUUUCCACCGUAGAAGCCAAACCAUACAAAUAUUUGACAAAAUUGUUGAUGUUUUUGUCAUUGUGUCAUGAACCUGGCUGUAUCUCGUUCCCGUUUAGCCCCUUGACUUUGAGAAGAACAAUCGCUACAAAUGAGGUCCCAUUUGCCAUCCGCCUGCCCACCUCCACUGCCACAGUCCAGGUGAAUGUGGAGGAUCUGAAUGAUGCCCCUGUCUUUGACCCAGUGGAAAAGGUUGUUUCCAUAUCUGAACACCUGCCAGUGGACAGUGACUUGGUUCUGUAUACAGCUAUUGAUCCAGACAUCAUGGCACAUAAACUCAUGUGAGUUCAUGAAUCUUUCUUUUAUCUUCAAUUGAUUAAAUUGAGUUGAGGCCCUGGUAUAUAAUGGAGACAGAUACAUUAUGCAGAUAAGUCAAUUCAAUUAUAUAACAAGCACUUUAUGAUGAAGUACAAUCAGAUGCAUAUGCAUUAAGAUUGCAAGAAGCCUUGUGAAUGGCGAUGUUUUAACUCAAUAUACUGUGUAACUGCCUCUGUCGCCAGUUUAUUUCAUGUAUUUGCACUUUUUAUUAUUUAAUUUCUUCUGAAUUGUACGUUUUACAGCAAGACGGAACUAAUUAUUGGUUCCGCCCGAGUGUUGUCACCCGAGCGCCUUUAGCGACGCACCGAGAAAACUUUACCGCAAAAAAAGCGAAUUAUUUUCCCACUGUUAUCGUGUUUAAGUGCAUACUUACAAAGAAAGUAUACAGAAGAAGAUAAAGGGACAUUUAAAAGGAUGUUUAGCACCUCUGUGUGAUAAGCAGCAAUGAGGUUUGUUGACUAUUUAUUUUGCUAUGAGGGGUGUUUGUGUUUACGUGCGUCAUUUUUUGGUGUAAAAUAUACAUAAAGUGUCUAGCUGUAUGAGCUUGAUUAUAACGCCAGAUGUGUGAGACAUGCAUAUGGCAUUAUUUUGUUAAUGUAUUUUUUCUUUCUUUAAAACCAGUUCUCACGGGUUGACCAGCAUUAAAGCCCUGUAUUCAAAUCAAGACCUCUUGCCUCAUGCCUGUCACUGGAGGAGCUACAGUGAGAACUCAUCUGCUCUGCAUGAGUAGACGAGGAAGACAGUACCAAAGAGCCGUGAUCCAUGGACAAGAAGGGACAUCUCUACAUCCAAGAGUGUGCAUCUGCUCCUGACAUUUACACAGCCGCAGCAUCCACAGAAGAAUCCAGGCGCCUUACCAUGAAUCCAGCUGAUGCAAAGAAGCUUAAACUAUUUCCCACAAGAGACUGACACAUUUUUGCCUUCAUAUUCAUACGGUAUAGUUGUGUGUAUGUUUAAGUGUUAACUAAGCUACAACCAAGAGACUGAAUUUUGCAUUUCAUAGAACAACGUGAUAUUGAUUUGUGUGAAGUAGAUGUGAAUAUGUUCUAAAAAAUAAUAUUAGUGGUAAAAAUAGUAUAAAUGUGAAUAGCUAAUGGGAGCUGAAUCACUUAGCUACAGGCCAAAUUAGAUUUAACCCAAAUUUAAGUACACCAAGUAACAAUGUCAGAGCCUAGUCUUACCUCUGGGAGAAAGCAGGUUAAUGUAGGUGAAAGUAUAGAGCAGCAGUGCAUAGACAUGCAACCACAGGCUACUAAAGGCACAAGAGCUAAUGACCACACUUCCUCACAAGAACCACGAAGAGCCAAAGAGACCGAAAGUUAACAGAAAAGGGCCAAGAACUGUACAAUGAGCAAAUAAGAAGAUUUGCUCACCGUUUCACUGUGAGCUAUGAGGAGUGGAAGGCUAUUGCUAAAGACGCCAAGAAAGCUUUGAGUGGACAAUGCUCAAACAACCUGCUACAUGAACACAUAAGCAAAAUAAGUGCUGCCUCAGAGAAUCUGAACAUUGCUUAUGAUGAGUUAAGGCGCAUAGACAACCCUGACCAUGACACACGUCGCAGAAUUGACACCUGUGAUGCAGUAACCAGGAAGAUCAUCCAAACUGCAAAAAGAUCAUUUGGAGACAGCAGAUAACGGUGGAGGAGAUGAACAACGAGGCAACAGGGCGACAUCGUCUAUAUUCAAGUCUGUAGCCUCAGACAAGAUAAGUAUCAAUCCCAAUGCACUAAGUCCUCUCAUGCUCAAAGCAGCUCCAGGCAUUCAAGUCGGAUUUCUGUUAGCAGACAAGAUGCCGCUGCUGAAGUUGCUGCCAAUGAAGCUACUCUAGAAGUACUACUAGAACAAGAGUGUUGCAUUGAGGAAUUGGAAAGGCUUGAAGCUGAAGCUGCAGAGAGACAAAAGGUGCUAGAUGCAAGCGGAGACAACUGGAGCGACUAGAUAUAGUUAAAAAGUUAAAGGCUGCUAAGGCACGUCAGCGAGUGUAUGAUCAGAGUGAGUGCUCAGAUAAAGAAAUAAGCAGUCUACUCCAUCAAAGUGUCUGUAUGAAGGAAAAGGAAGAAGUUAAACAUGAAAAUAAUCUGUUGCAGCACCAUUCUUCACCACAAGACCGGGCACAUUCAAAGCAGGAUGACAGCACAGCAGUUCUUGUUAGAGCACUUGCAGAGUCCAUCAGUGCAGGUCGUCUUCCUAUACCUGAACCAACAAUAUUCAAUGGCGACCCACUCAGAUUCAAUGACUGGAAGGUUUCAUUUCAGACACUCAUUGAUCGGAAAAACAUUCCAGCCGAAGAAAAUAUAUAUUACUUGCGAAAGUAUGUGGGUGGACCUGCUAAAAGGCUAUAGAGAGCUACUUCCUGCUUGGUUCAGAGUCAGCCUAUCACGCAGCAUGGAGGAUUCUCGAGGAAAGAUAUGGAAAUCCAUUCCUCAUAGCCAAAGCAUUCAGAGAUAAGCUGGAGGCAUGGCCCAAGAUAAGCUCCAAAGGCAGUAUCGAACUUCAAGAGUUUGCUGAUUUCUUCGGAGCUGUGAGGCUGCUAUGACUCAGAUCAGAGGCCUCGAAGUACUUAAUGACUGCAAUGAGAACCAGAAGUUACUUGCAAAGCUUCCAGACUGGCUGACCUCGAGAUGGAACAGAAAGGUCAUAGAAGUGGAGGAAGAAAGUCACACAUUCCCAAGCUUCCAGCAGUUUGUAAAGGUUUCUCACACGUGAAGCUAAGAUUGCAAAUAACCCAAUAACAUCUCUCCAUGCUCUGAAACCUGCUGAAGGUGAGCAGAUCAAGGUUUUAAAGAACAGAGCUCUCGGAGCAAAGGUACUAGCAACUAACUCAGAUGAAAAAGCUUUCUCCACAAGCUGUGUUUUUUGUGAGAUGUCAGGUCACAGUCUACACAAGUGUUGGAAAUGUAUGAAUAAAACCAUCUCUGAGCGAGUCAAGUUUGUUCAAGGGAUUAAGUGGUGCUUUGGCUGUCUGAAGCCUGGCCAUCGCUCAAAGGAGUGUGAAAAUAGAAGGAUCUGUGAUACUUGUGAGAAAGGACAGCCAACCUGCCUACACGAUAAUCGCAGCAAAGAAAGAGGAAUGUCAACAAGGACUGAUGGAGAAAUGGAGAGUGACAAGUCAAGAGAAGGAACGACAGAUCGUUCACAAGAGAGGGUGACAAAACCACCACGCGAGGUAACAUCUAACAGAGUUAUCCAGAAUGUUAAAGGCACCCAUACAUCCUCAGUCAUUCCUGUGUGGUUGUCCACUACAAGUAAGCCAAAUCAUGAAGUCCUUGUGUACGCUCUUCUCGAUACACAGAGUGACACGACCUUCAUCCUUGAAGAGACAGCAAAGAUGCUUCACACUAAAAAUGAACCAGUCCAGUUAAAGCUCUCCACAAUGGCUUCAAGAAAUACAGUGGUGCCUAGCAGAAGGCUGACUGAUCUACAAAUAGAGGAUUCUACUCCAAUAAGAUAAUCUACCUGCCAGUAACUUACUCAAGAGAAUUCAUCCCUGCAAACAGAGAUCAUAUUCCCACACCAGAGACUGCCAAGGCAUGGUCUCAUCUUGAGCACAUUGCAGAUGAAAUGCUCCUUGCAAGCGUGUGAAUCGGCAUACUAAUUGGCUACAAAGUUCCUCAAGGCUCUUGUACCAAAGACAAGUGGUUGCUGGAGAAGAGAAAUUGAGCCCUUUGUCAGAGAACAGACUUGGGUGGAGUGUAGUCGGCUAUUAUGGCAACCCAUGUCUUGACUUUGGAGAUGCCUUUGGAAUAAGCCAUCUAGUCAUUGUGAGCAAGUGACAUCAGUUCUUCCAAAUCUCCCAAACGAAGUGCACUAUGUCUGUAGAACACAGAUCAAAGAAGUAGUCCUUCCAACAGACGUCAUCAAGGUGUUGGAAUCUGAUUUUGUAGAAAGGGCUUCAGAAGAUGAACACCUUUCUCAAGAGUAUCUCCAGUCAUGUCAAUUAUGGAGAGUGGCAUCAGACUCAAGGAUGAUGGGCACUAUGAAAUGCCACUUCCCUUCAAGAAAGGAAGACCAAACUUACCAGAUAACAAGGUAUGUGGCAUCCCACCGUCUCAGAUGUCUGGAGAAGAAGUUAAAGGGAAAUGAGCAGUACUGCAGAGACUAUAAGACCUUUAUGGAUGAGACAGUAGCUUCAGAAGACAACCCAGCUGACCACGCCUCAAGGGGUGUCACAGCAGAACAACUCACAGCUUCUAACUGGUUCACAGGUCCAGACCUUCUUUGGCAAAAAGAGCUACCAACUGGAGUUGUCAUGGUGGGAGAGAUCGAGAGCAGUGACCCAGAGGUCAAGAAAGCUCAGGUUCAUGACACUCAGGCAGAAGAAGCAAAAACAAUUUUAGAUCGUCUACACAAGUUCUCAGAACUGGGCAAGAAUGGUGAAGGCUGUUGCCAGACUCAAGCGCCGUGCUAAGGAAAUCAAAGGUCUCAAGCCAAAGUCCUGUGAGGCCUCGAACUUGGAGGAAAGGAAAGAGGCGGAGCGGACCAUAAUCAAGAUGGUCCAGGAAGCAACUCUCUCUCAAGAAAUUCAACGCCUUAGACAUCAUAAGGAGACAAAGGUCAAAGACAAAGCCAACCAGUUGCACAAACUAUGUCCAUUCCUGGAUGAUCAAGGUGUAAUCAGAGUAGGAGGCCGCUUAGCUAAUGCUGCCCUACAUCCACAUGUGAGGCAUCCAGCAGUACUUCCUAGAGACAGUCAUGUUUCUGCAUUGCUCGUCAAGCACUAUCAUGAGAGAGUGUACCAUCAAGGUCGAGGGAAUGACUAUAAAUGAACUCCAAUCCAAUGGCAUAUGGAUCCUGGGUUGCAGCAAGCUUGUUUCAUCCCAUAUUCACAAGUGCACAAGUUGCAGAAGGUUCCGAAGAUGCACAGAGCAACAAAGAAUGGCAGACCUUCCAGAAGAGCGGAUGGAAACAACUGCUCCAUUCACUUACUGUGGAAUGGAAUGCUUCGGACCAUUUCACAUUAAGGAAGGAAGAAAGGAGCUAAAGCGUUAUGGGCUGUUGCUCACCUGCAUGUGUUCAAGAGGAGUUCACAUUGAAGCACUUGAUGACUUGACCUCAGAUGCCUUUAUCAAUGCUCUGCGUUCAUUCAUCGCCAUUCGUGGAUCAGUAAGGCAGAUAAGGUGUGAUCAAGGGACAAACUUUGUCGGAGCAAGGCGUGAGUUCAUUGAAGCACUGAAAGAGAUGGAUCAAGAAGAGCUCAAAGAUUUGGGCUGCGAGUUCAUCAUGAACACCCCUGCCUCAAGUCAUAUGGGUGGAGUCUGGGAAAGACAAAUCCGCACUAUCAGAAGUGUCCCUGGCGUCCAUUCUAGAACAGUCGUCCAGACAACUUGACUCCUCUUCCCUACGAACAUUUCUAUAUGAGGUUAUGGCGGUUGUGAAUAGCAGACCUCUAACCACUGAUCAUCUGAACGAUUCUACCAGUCCAGAGCCCUUGACACCAAACCAGAUCUUGACCAUGAAAUCCACAAUCAUUCUCCCUCCUCCUGGAAAGUUUGGUCAAGGAGGAUCUCUACCUCCGCAAAAGAUGGCGCAGAGUUCAACUCUUAACCAACAACUUUUGGGUACGAUGGAAAAAGGAGUAUCUCCUUAAUCUCCAACACAGACAGAAGUGGACCAAAGAUCGCAGAAAUGCAAAGGUCGGUGACAUUGUUCUGUUACAAGAUGCUGCCACCGCACGAAACCAAUGGAAGCUAGCAAGAGUCAUCGAGGUGUAUCCUGGAAGUGAUGAAAGAGUGAGGAGACUCAAGUUACUCAUCAGUGACUCCUCCCUGGAUGGAAGAGGAAAGCGUACAGCCAAACCUGUUUACCUGGAGAGACCCAUUCAGAAAACAGUUACAUUGCCAGAAGCAGACUGAUGGUUCUAUCAUACACUCACACACAGUUUAUUAGUUGUUUAUUAGGACAGAGUUUCAUUUUAUUUAUUCAUGCAGUAGGUUUGUCUCCAAGUUUUAAGAAAUCACUUGUGAUUUGGUGGGAGUGUAACUGCCUCUGUCGCCAGUUUAUUUAAUGUAUUUGCACUUUUUAUUAUUUAAUUUCUUCUGAAUUGUACGUUUACAGCAAGACGGAACUAAUUAUUGGUUCCGCCCGAGUGUUGUCACCCGAGCGCCUUUAGCGACGCACCGAGAAAACUUUACCGCAAAAAAGCGAAUUAUUUUCCCACUGUUAUCGUGUUUAAGUGCAUACUUACAAAGAAAGUAUACAGAAGAAGAUAAAGGACAUUUAAAAGGAUGUUUAGCACCUCUGUGUGAUAAGCAGCAAUGAGGUUUGUUGACUAUUUAUUUUGCUAUGAGGGUGUUUGUGUUUACGUGCGUCAUUUUUUGGUGUAAAAUAUACAUAAAGUGUCUAGCUGUAUGAGCUUGAUUAUAACGCCAGAUGUGUGAGACAUGCAUAUGGCAUUAUUUUGUUAAUGUAUUUUUUCUUUCUUUAAACCAGUUCUCACGGGUUGACCAGCAUUAAAGCCCUGUAUUCAAAUCAAGACCUCUUGCCUCUUGCCUCAUGCCUGUCACUGGAGGAGCUACAUACUGCAUGUUCUAGGUAUCGCAUGGACAGAGAUCCUGCUAAAUGGCUGGACAUCAACAGCGAGACCGGAAUGAUCAAAACCAAACACCCUCUGGACAGAGAAUCUCCCUUUGUCAAAGAUGGCAAAUACAGAGUUCACAUUCUCGCAAUCGAAAGUGGUAUUUUGAUUUCGUUGUAAUAUCGUUCACCAGCAGGCUUCAGCCUGGGAACAAGGUUGAUUUAGUUGUGACUUCUUCAUUACUCCUUUUGAUAAAAGUAUCUUGCUUUGGGUUAUCAGAUGAAAUCCCUGCAACUGGAACUGGAACCAUUCUGAUAGAACUGGAAGGUGUAAACGACAAUGCUCCGACUAUUGAUGACACCCCGUUGAAGCUCUGCAACCAAGACCCCCGUCUAGUGCAUUUGGCGGUGACAGACAGAGAUGGCCCAAACUUUGCUGAACCCUUCAGUGUAGAACUUCUGAAAGGGUCCAAGAUGUAUUGCACUGCCCAAAUGGACAAAACAUGUGAGAAAUAGGGGGACAUGUCUUUUAAUGGUUUUGCAACCUUUAGUGUCAAAACUGCACUGCAGGUGCACAGUUCAUUGCUUUUCACAUAUUCACUCUGCAUUAGUCUGUUGAAUUUUAUUCAUAAUAUCAACAGACCAAGUAUGUCAUUUUGUCUGCAUGUUCUUUGACAACAUCAACAUACUCUUCACAUUCAAGGUUGAAAUAUGUCCCCUUUUUCUCCUGUCCCAGGAACUGUGGUUGAAUUGACAUUCAAGGCCAUGAGGGAGCAGAGAAACUUCUACAUUGAUCUGACGGUCUCUGAUGCUGGCGGGCUGAACCAAGACCAUGUCAUUCACGUCACCAUGAAUGAGGACAGGUGCAUGACCUGGGGGGAUUUCUGUGUUAGACCCUGACAUAGAUGAACAUUUGGACAUUUUCUUAGCGUUUUUAUAGCUAGCAGAGCUGGAUUGCUUGUUUUGCAAAGGUUGUCACUUUAUUUGACAUCAGGGGUAAGUCACAAAGUCAGAAAUAAGUCAAAACAUUCACAGCUGAAUUCGCCAAUAAUUUUCCCGCCAAAGUACUGACAAAAGGUUGGAAUUACUUAUGUCAAGACAUGUUUUUUUGUAUAAUUAAUUCAAUUUUAUUUUUAAGUUAGGAGAGAGUUCAUGUAUUUUCACAUUUAAAGGGAAAUGUGGGUUUGAAUAUAUUUCCUAGGGCACUAUUGAUAUAUUUUACAAUUGUUGUGAAUGUUGCUUGUUUUUUAUUUCCAUGGAGAAGAUGAUAAUUUGCAUGUUUGCAGAGAGCUUUAUUUAUGUU